GAAGAUAAAUAAGUGUUUGAGAUUAUUUCAGAAGGGUGGUUUAUGCAUCUGUUGACAUCUUCAUAUUUGAGGGACUAUAUAUCAUCCAUGCUUUAUUCACUUUAAUACCAGAUUAGGUAACAUCCAGUGAAAGAGAUGGAUUUACGGAUAAAGGUUUUCAGAAUGUGCAACCCAAGCAGUGCAAAGACAUGCUUUAUAUGUCUCCUAGUUUUCUGCCUAUCCUUUGGCAUAUUUGGCCUCGAAGGUGACCACCAUGAUGACCAUUUCCAUGGUGACAUCGAGCCUCAUGUUGAAAAGGAGAUUCCAACAAGUUCGGAGGCCCCCAAUAAUGUGUAUCCAAUGGAGCCGGACUUUUUUCUUCAGAAAUUGCUUGAGAAGUAUGGCAACGGCGUGGAAAUGUCUAGCGAAGGGUUUUUCCACCUUUUGUGCCAUCUGGGUAUUGGUGGCAGCUUUGUGCUGUCUUCCAAUGCCUCACACUGUACAGACCAUUCCCAUCAGUACAGCCCUCUUAAAAACGGGUCAUCAUUCCACGAUCAUAAUGAUCAUGAAAUCCAUGAACACUCCAAUGAUACUGCAGAUCAUGACCAUGAUCACCAUGAUCAUGACCAUGAUCAUGAACUGCAUGAGGGCCAUGAACAUGUAAAUGAAAGUCAAAAUAAUGAUCAAAAGCAUGAGAACCAUGAUCAUUCAUUGGAUAUGGCUCCAGCUAAUAUUCACAAGGGUCAUGAACAUGAUCAUGAAAACCAUGAUCAUUCAGAAUAUGAUGUACCAGAAAACAACAAGCAAGUUGUGACAACUUUGAAAACUACGCUCGAAAAAACAACUGUUUCUACCACUAUAACAUCUACAACCACUAUAGGGUCUACAAGAAAUAAAGCUGGUAAAACAAAUAAAAAGCAAAAAAUGUCAACUGCAAUGCCUACCACAAAAGCUGGAAGUCGAUCACAAAAUGCCAAAUCAGAGAGAAAACGUCGAGCUGAAAGUUCACAGUGUCUGGAGGCAAACACGAUGUUACGACUGAUCAACGCUGAUCCCACAGGUGGCAUCAAGGGAGAUUACUUCAAGGAUCUCUGUCCAGUGCUCAUCUACCAGAUUGAAACGGACGCCUGCCACACGCUGCACAAAGAUGACGGGCACCAGCACCACGAAAAGGGAAAAGACGAUCAUAACCACGAUCAUGAUCACGACCAUGAUCAUGAACACGACCAUGACCUUGCUCACAAGGAUGCUUUGGCACCUUCUGUUUCGUUUGCACAGAUACCAGCGAAAGUGUGGGGAUUCAGCUGCGUUGCCGUGGUGAUCAUAUCGCUGGUGGGCCUGCUAGGGGUUGCAGUGAUCCCUAUCAUGCAGAAGGUCUUCUACAACCACCUGCUACAGAUCCUGGUGGCCCUUGCUGUAGGGGCGCUGUCAGGGGAUGCACUAUUGCACCUAUUGCCUCAUGCCAUGGCUGGUGGUCAUGAAGGUGAAAAUGGCCAUGACCAUAGUAGCCAUGGUAACAGUGAGUCACAUGCCCAUGACCUGGGCCCCAUCUACAAGGGGCUGUGUGGAUUGCUGGGCAUCUUCUUCUUUUUCAUUAUUGAACGGGUGCUCACCAUUGUGACAGACAUUAAACGCAGACGGAAGAAGCAAAAGAACCAAAAGAGAAAGUAUUUGAAGGAGCCAAAAGACGAUGUGGAAUAUGUUGGCGAGCGAUUGGCCACCACGGAUAUGUGCGAUGCCAUGAUGAUCAACAUUCACCCUAAUAGAGAUGGUGACCCAGAGAUUUACUUAAUGAGCCAAUCAGCGCUACAAGGCUACGCAGACGAGGCCCACAGUGAACACUGCCAGAUCAGCUUCGAGAACACGCAGGAUGUCACCCAUGAGCACACGGCCCACGAGCACAACCUCACCGAGAGAGAGACCAACGUGGACGGAGACGAGAACGCCACAAUGAUCCACGAUGGAAACAACGUCCACAAAAAACAUUCCCACGGACAUGGGCACUCGCAUGGUUCUGAUGGUAUUCCAACAUCAGUGACAGCAGUGGCCAUGAUGGUGAUAAUGGGCGAUGGUGUCCACAACUUCUGCGACGGUCUUGCUAUCGGGGCCGCCUUUGCCAGCAGCAUUGCUGGAGGCUUCAGUACCACCAUAGCCGUGUUCUGUCAUGAGCUGCCACAUGAGAUUGGAGACUUUGCCAUGCUGCUACGUGCAGGCAUGUCAGUGAAGCAGGCUGUGUUCUACAACUGUGUGUCCUCAAUCUUGUGCUUCAUUGGCAUGGUGAUUGGGGUUGCCAUUGGCAACGUAGCAGGGGCUAGUCUGUGGAUCUUCACAGUGGUUGCUGGAAUGUUCCUCUACAUUGCCCUUGUUGAUAUGCUUCCCGAGUUGUCGUCAGUGGAGACCAAGAAGGGAGAGAACCCAUUCUUCCACCUGCUGUUGCAGUUCCUUGGCAUGAUGCUCGGUGGUGGGAUCAUGUUCGUGAUCGCCAUCUUUGAGGCCGAUCUCAAAACGUUGCUGGAAUGAUUCCAUUGAUCCCUGAAAACAGAUGCUAGCCUUGUGGUUGUACCUAGUGCUGCACUUUAUUUGUUGUAGGCUCACCUGAGCAAGAAGUGCUCAUGGCGAGCUUUUGUGGUCACCCUAUGUCCAAUGUCAUUUGAUGUCAACUUGAAGCUUGUUAUGGCACCAGAGGAUAAUCUGGGUCAUGUGCUGCCAUUAAGUAGGUCCCCAGGUCAUAUCGUAGAAAACCAUGUUCCCACUUUAAAAGCCACAUUUAUUGCUCAGUCCUCAUGCAACUUGGUCAGAAUGUUAAUCUAGGCAAUAUCCAGGCCAAGUUUAAAUGUGGGUCAACAAACUCACAAGGUCAGAUCUUAGAAAAAGCUUGUUAAAUCUGCCAUAUUCAUCCUUAAACUUGGUCAUUUGGUCAAUUCCUAGUAAAUCCUUAGUAUCACUCUAUAGAGGCCCCGUCUAUGAAUCAAUCUGGAUUAAACUUUGUCAUAAUGUUUAUCUUAGUAUCACUCUAUAGAGGCCCCGUCUAUGAAUCAAUCUGGAUUAAACUUUGUCAUAAUGUUUAUCUUCAUAAUUUAUAUAGGCCAAGAUUGUGUCUGGGUCACAACCAUCCAAGCAUAAGGUCAUCAGUUCAAU